CAGUGCACAUAACUAUUUAAUUAUUUUGUUCUGGUAAUACUGAUGAAUUAUUAGAACACAUAAUAAUUAAUAGUUCUACUUCAGCAAAGAUAAAUGUGAAAUCGUGUGAUAUAUUUUAAGAUUAUGCAAUGAGAACAAUUACUGAAAAUACUGCAAACUCCACUGAAUCAUCUUCAGAUGUUCAAAGAGAGGCCAUAAUAGCUUUGCUGAUAGGGCUGACCUGCGGCCAACCUCACCAAGAGCGUUCUAGGCGUAACUACGACCACGAGUUUGGACACGCUCAUGGCAGCAGCGCGCGGGGGCCUCAUGUGGGCCAUGGUGCAUAUGAAAACACCGUCAGUGACGUCCGUGCUAUAGAUACAGGCUAUGGAUCUGCAGUUCAUCAUGGAGGUGGUUACGGUUCAGGCUACGAGUCAGGAGUCCAUCAUGGAGGCCUAGGCAGUGGACUAGGCGGUGGUUUAGGUACCGGUCUGGGCGUAGGCAGUGGACUGGUUACAGGAGUAGGUUGCGGUGUAGGUACCGGUACCGGAUUGGAGAGAGGAGUUGGUGUAGGCAGUGGUCUGGUUCAUGGAGUCGGAAGCGGAGUGGGAACCCAUGGGGUCGGAAGCAGCGGAUUGGUACAUGGAGUCGGAGGACGCGGACUAGGGGGAGGAUUAGGUUCAGUGAGCCGUGGACACGGUGCUGGAUAUGGCUCCAGUGGUGCUGAACGUGGAGUCUACGAGCACACUGUCACCCAUGUCCGUUCUGACCAUGGUGGAGGCUAUGGAUCUGAAGCUCUCCAUAGAGGUAGUGGAAAUGUGCAAGGCGUACGACAUGGAGGCGGAGUGGGAACUGUGGGUCUAGGUCAUGGACACCAUCAUGGUCAUCAUCACGGCGGGUACCAAACUCACGGAUAUUAAACAAAACCAACAUUGUAUUUGAAUGUAAAUAAUGUAACUAAGCAUGUAUGUUAAAUUUCGUUAAAUAAAUUUAAUUAAGAGUGGUGUA